AUGGUGCACCGAGAGCCGCUGAUCACCCCCUCCGCUCAGGACCUUUCCAACACUUUCCGUCCCCCUCACCCUGGCCCGGGCACCCUCCUCCCCCUCCUGCCCGUGCUGUCGGCAGCCGGGGGGUCGGGAGUGGAUCGUGGCUUGCGGGGGCYGGAGGUUUGCUCCGAGAACAAAAUCGCCACCACCCGCUACCCCUGCCUGAAACCCACGGGCGAGCUCACCACCUGCUUCAGGAAAAAAUGCUGUAAGGGUUAUAAGUUUGUUCUUGGACAGUGCAUCCCUGAAGACUACGAUGUCUGUGCUGAAGCUCCAUGUGAACAGCAGUGCACAGAUAAUUUUGGGCGAGUCUUGUGCACUUGCUAUCCUGGAUACCGCUAUGAUCGGGAGAGGCACAGGAACAGAGAGAAGCCUUACUGCCUGGAUAUUGACGAGUGUGCCACGAGCAACGGGACUCUGUGCUCUCAGAUCUGUGUCAACACCGUGGGCAGCUACAGGUGCGAGUGUCACGAAGGCUACGUCCGGGAGGAGGAUGGCAGGACAUGCACCAAAGGAGAUAAAGCUGUGCUUCCUGAGAAAUCUGAAAAUGUGGCAAAACCAGGGACAUGCUGUGCAUCUUGUAAGGAAUUCCAUCAAAUAAAGCAGACGGUUUUACAGCUGAAGCAAAAGGUUGCUUUGCUGCCAAAUAAUGCUGCUGAUCUUAGCAAGCAAAUCACUGGUGAGAAAGUGCUUGCAUCUAACGCAUACAUCCCUGGCCCCCCAGGCCAGCCUGGCCAACCAGGCCCUCCAGGGGCUCCAGGACCUAAAGGGAGUCCAGGAGCUCCUGGAUUGCCUGGACCUCCUGGACAGCCAGGCCCUCGUGGAUCAAUGGGACCUAUGGGCCCAUCUCCAGACAUAUCACACAUCAAGCAGGGCAGAAGGGGCCCCGUGGGCCCACCUGGAGCUCCAGGGAGAGAUGGUAGCAAGGGGGAGCGAGGAGCACCAGGACCAAAGGGGAUACCUGGCCCACCGGGUUCAUUUGAUUUCCUAUUGCUGAUGAUGGCAGACAUCAGAAACGACAUCGCUGAGCUGCAAGAGAGAGUGUUUGGACACAGGACUCAUUCAUCAACAGAGGAGUUUCCAUUACCUCAGGAAUUCACAAACUAUCAUGACACAGUAGAUUUUGGAUCUGGAGAAGACUACAAACCACGGGCAGCAUCCAGAAAUGCCAGGAUACAGAAGGCAGACCAUCCUUAGCUAUGCCUACUGAAAAACAAAGCCUCUUUAGAAUUCUUCAAUAUAAAAAAUGCACUGACAAUGUAAUAUAUAUAAAUAUAUAUAUAAUUUCCCAGUUUUCUUUCUGCUUUUCCUGAACCAUGCUGCCUAUACUGUAGCUUUCCUGGUUCAUGGUAGCCUCCUUGCAGAAAUUCCAUAYCACCAAGCCUGCACUGUGCAUUGUACCUAGACUAUCAAGAAAAACCUUCUUAGCAUAUAACAUGAUUAAGGCAUGCUCUAGCUAAUGACACAGACCACAGCAUUCCAUCUGCCUGCCUUGCAUUCUAUGCCCAAAUGACCCAGUACCCAAAUUUUGCCAGGGACAGAGGGGUAGCUGAACAUCAUCCCUGAAUGAUGUUAAUAAUGAACACCUCAGUCCAGUUACUUUACGAAUGCAAAUACAUUGUACCACUGAACUCAAGCCUCCAGCUACUGUCCCCAGGCUUAGGAGAGUGUCAAAAGUGGAUCCCUGUUUUACAGCAGAGACCAGCUGUAAGUGAGAUGUGUCCUCUAUUAUGCUCCAUCAUGGCAAAAAAAAGGGCAAAAAGAAAUGUUGAAGGGUUAAACAAGGGUGCUGCUGCACAAUCURGAAAUUAUUUGGCUUUGUGUUGCUAGAGUAUCAUUCAAAGACUGUCAAAAGAUGUCUUUGUCCUAAACUAACACUACUUUUUCUUUACAAUUGUCCMAGUGCUCAGUGUGAAGGCCAGUUUCCUUUCUCAACAGAUUCAUGUUGGAUACAUUACACAAAGAUGAGCAAGAUAAAGGGGAUGUUUAAAGCAAGAAACCAAAUCAAAAGKGAAUCAAGCAGGCUUAUUGGCAAGCAUAAAAUAUAUCCCAGCCUUGCAGAAAGAAUCAGAUUCUGACUUCCUGCAGGUGCAUAUCUUCCUUGGUGAAAUUCUGWAGUCUGAGUGAAAUCAGCACCAAAGAGAGGCCUCAUGUUUGCAAGGAGCUUCCAAGCUGUUUCGUUCCUCUGCUGUAUGAGACCAACCUAAACGUCUUUCACCAAACUGGAACACAGUGGCAGCAUGUUUGGCUGGGUGUGUGAGGAGUGUGAGUAGGUGCAGGAGUGCACAUGACAAAAUAUUUAAUCUGGUACGAGGAUGGCUAAGGUGAGGUAGCGCACAUGGGAUCCUAUACUUGUGAAUGGGGAUAAAAGGGAGUGCCCUUUAUUUACACUGGAAAAUUGGAUGCACAAGUUACACCAUACCUCAUGGAUGAUGUAUGUUACCAUUUCUUUUGGAUUACCACAGCUGCUGAGGACUUUGCCAUGCUUAGAAUAUAGAAGAGAAUAUUAAGCACAAAAUUUGAAUGUUGUGUCUGUGUAGCUGCUACUUCUACAGUAUGUUUAGUGUUCAGUAGUGUCCAUGUUACAAAUGCAAAGAAGUUGUUACUUUGCCAUGUUUUUCAGGGCUUGCAUGUUCUAGUAGAAUAAAUUAUUUUCAGAUAAUACAUAUAGAUUUGGAUUCCCUUCCAYAUUCACUGGGCCAAAAGAGAGUUGGUGUAAUCCUGACACCAUCAGUGCAGGUCAUGCUGUAUGAACAGAUGUGUCUAGACUUUUCCAUAGCUUCUGUAUUGUCUUAAGAGGAUAUGUUCGUUCUUGUAGCCAUUUCCCAACUUCUCACUGCCACUAAACCACAAGCAAGGGCAUUAGCUUUUAAGAACAUGAGUAUUCUCUAUUUCUUUUCAUGUUACAAUAUGUCAGUAUUUAUAAAGCCAAGCCUAAGUCAUGGGGAUACCUGAAAAAAACUAUAAUAAUCUCACCCUGUGGUCCUUGGGCUUCUCCUUUGUCUGGGAGGAGCUCUGCCAGCCACUGCAGAGUGGCAGUGUAAUUCCAAGUAAUCUCGUGAAUGACAUAAUAAGGGAGAUUUGAAGAAGGAAGCUGUGGCCAAAAGAGGGAAGGUCCUAUAUGCUGCAGACUGGAAAAAAACCUCAAAGACAGAAGAACUGAGGCAUUUAUGUCCCAUUUUCUUACUUUCAAACAGGAAACUGAGUAUAAAUUGCAUCAUUUAUGAAUAUGCAAAUUUAAUUAAAUUUGUUAAAUGUCAAAUGCUGUAUUUUUAAAUCUAGUAAAUUAGGGAACUCUUGUAUAUGUUUACUACUGCACCCUGCUGGAUCAGGCUGGUUCCCACUAGAGAAUUAAUAGCUGCAGGUUUUUCUGUAUCCAUCAGAUACUGAAUGAUCUAACUUAGGUUUGAUGAGUCACUUCCAACAUAUCAAUUAAAUCCUAUUUGCCCCUGCCCACAAGGUGAGAUAUACUGAAAAAAAGGCACUUAUUUUAGUUCUAAGUUCUGCUUUUCCAAAUAGAGACACACACCAAAUGAGAAGUUCCCACAGUUUGACCAUCAAAUUCAGGGAGAGGUGAAUUUGCCCUGCUUUAUAAAAGUAUCUGGGGAAGCAAUAUUCUUAGACUGUACCAGAAAAGCAGAAAAAAUACAUAUUUCACUGUAAGUGCAGAAAGUUGACCUAGAGUUUCAUGAAUAUAAACAUAACACGUGUUUACCUGCCUGUCUGAGUGGAAACCUCAGUGACUUCCCUUUCUGGAGCUGGCAUCCUUGRCUUUCACAGUGUUUGCUUCAUAAAAAAAAGAGUCACAGAGCAUGUUUCUUGGGUUUGUGUUUGUCCUUGUCCUCACCCUCCUCUGUCCAGACUUCCUGCCCCAAAACUGUUUGAGCCCCAGAAGCGAGGAAAGGACAAUAUGACAAAGACAAGUCCACCCAACACAACACAGCAAUYCCUGCAACAGGGAGAGUCCCUCUGAGCACAGCUGGGGAGGGUCAGCCUUCGGUCUGCAUUCAGCUGAGAUCUUUGCAUAGAACUUUCUCCUUUCUGAUUAACUGUAUGAUAACUUGUAAUACAUUGUUUCAGUAAUUUUUCGCUAAGRUUUCAGGGUAAACACACACAGACUCAGAAAGGGUAAUUUUCUACAGCAUACCCAAUGUUUUAUAAUGACAGAACAGAGGAAUCAUUUCCAGUCUUAAAUUUUGUUACUGGUAGCCAGAGAAGUCAUUACCUUGCAAAUUAUUUAUUACUCUCUGUGGCUCCAAAAAUAACAAACACUCCCAAGAAUCCAAAACAAGAAAGUAGAAACUUCUACACUCAUGGCAUAUCUAAUUACUAGGCUCAUGUACAUGGCAACUUUGCUUCAUAUAAAUGCUAUGUAUAGUUUUAUUAGAAAGAAAUAUUAUUUUGAUGUAAAGACAUCAAGUUAUAAGCAAAAGGUUAAUAAAKAAUGUGUUAUUUUAUUAAUAUUAGAAAUAUAUUUAAUGGAAACAUUUGCAAGAGUGUGUAGUGAUGGGAAAAUUCUGAUUGUUAAUGGGUUUCACAAAAUUGUGAAUCUUGAAAAAUGUUUUCUUUCAACUCUGUGCUAAGUACWUAAAGGUUUAGACCUUCUUGCAAAGCUGUAGUAUUGACACACAARAAUUCCUAUAUUGUGAGGUUAAAUUAGGAGAAAGGGAAGAAAAUCCAUUUUAAGUGUCAUUAGGAUAAUGCCCAGCGUUAUGUCGGCAUCAUAGCUGUAUGCCCUUCUGCCUACAAGUAUUUCAGAGUUAAUGUACCAAGUCCUAGAGCAGCAACAAAAGAUGGAGGUGGGGUCCAAUUUUCUGUUAAUUUUACAUUAAAAAAUCCAUAUAUUUGUUCCUUUUACACAUUCCAAUAACUAUACUGUUCACUUUAUUUAUAUAUGAAAUACUAAAAUGUGUAUAAGAUGAC